AUGAGCAAUAAUGUCUCCGGGAUUGAAAUCUCAAGCAAUACUCAGACUGAUAUGCACAAUGAUGUUCACCGAGAAUUAGAAACCGAAACGCUACCUGAAGACACUAACCAUGAACCAUCAGCUUACACUGAAGUUGUGGGCCUGCAGGCAAAUAAAAAACCAUGGGAAUCUAGUCAAAAAACAACGACAUCAGCUGCAACUGAAAAUAUUCUUUAUCAGUGGUUGAAAGAGAAGGACCCAGAUUUGUUCAAAGUCCUUGGAAACAAACAAUUUGAUCCAAAUUUGGGAAACAUAGUUCGGAGGUCAAGUGAUAUUGAAGAUCAUGAUAAUUAUGAUAUAACUGAGACGUUGUUCACCAACCAAAUUACAAAUGAUGUCAACAAAGUUUUCCUUAUUGUACUCCUUGUUUGUAUUGUUGGUGAGGCUUUAGCGUCACCAAUGGAAAAACUACUUGAUGACACGUUCUUUGGAUAUCUUGAUGAUGUGGACAAUACUGAAAAGUAUGGCCAGCAGAAACUAUGGUCUCUUCUAGGUUACGUUGUUUGGGGAGCCACCAUUUCAAUAAUCAUCGAAAACUCACCUUGUUUCCUUAAUUUCAAUAUCAGCAAUUACAUGAUUCAUUUUUAUGGAUUUGCAGCAAUGAUGGGAUUAGCGUUUCUCAUUGUGCUCUUUUUCCCGAUGCAAUCCACACCAAGUAAAGAACAUGGCCAAAAUAAAUUGUUAAAAUGUGUCAAACUUUUGUGUAGUGAUUCGUUCAACAUAGCAUAUGUUACUUCUAUGUUUUUAGCCGGUGUCAUUAAUGCAUCAAAGUUCUCAUUUCUGUUCUGGUUUCUGGCCGAUAUGGGAAGCUCAGAUCUUCCACUGGGGCUCUCGGUGUCCAUGUCUGCAGUUAUGCAAAUACCCAUGCUUUGUUUAUAUCCUUGGUUUACUAAAAAAAUCACCCAGGCUGGGGUUAUGACAAUAUCACUGGCUUCCAUGUCCAUACAGUAUGUGUACUACUCAUUUCUCUGGACUCCUUGGGCUGUGGUCCCAAUUGAAAUUUUGAGUGCGUUUAGCAUCGCAUCGCUGCAACUGUCUGCAUUGAGUCAUGCUGAAUCAACAUCACCGCCAGGACUUGAUCGCCUGUUGCAACAUAUUUUCUGGACAAUGUACUGGCAGAUCGGAUUCAGCAUUGGUAGCAUAGUCAGUGGUGUGAUUUAUCAAACAUUCAGUCCUCAAGUACUUUUUCGCAGUGCUUCAUUACUGGCACUGUUCUGGGCUCUUGGAUUUCUAAUCAUUAUGCGAUAUGCACCGAGAAGUAAACGUAGGAUGAGUUAUUCAAGACUAUUACAGAAGAGAGACGACCUGGAAGAUGACAUUGAUGAUAGCGAUGAGGAUGGAGGAGACGUCUUCAGUGAUGACUGGUUGGUGAAUGCUCUCAAGAAAGAUUUAGAUUAA